AUGCCUCUACCAGGUGACCAACACCGCGACACGCCCGCCACGACCAACCCAUUCCACGACCCCAAACACCACAUCUCCGAAUACACCGCCCAAGAAAUCGCCACCCUUCAGUCCCGACUCGAGAAACAACUAGGUCCCGAAUAUAUAUCGACUCGACCAGGCAACGGAGGGGGAAAAGUCCACUACUUGGCUGCCGAGAAAGUCAUCAAUCUUGCCAACGAGGUAUUCGGCUUCAACGGCUGGAGCUCUUCCAUCCAGAAUGUGCAGAUCGAUUUCGUCGACGAACAUCCGCAGAGUGGCAAGAUAACCCUAGGACUCAGCACAAUCGUGCGAGUGACGUUAAGGGAUGGGACGUUUCAUGAAGACAUAGGGUACGGCCACAUUGAGAACUGCAAAGGCAAGGCAGCAGCGUUCGAGAAAGCGAAAAAGGAAGCGGCGACCGAUGCACUCAAAAGAGCAUUGCGGAAUUUCGGCAACGUGCUGGGCAAUUGUCUGUAUGACAAGGACUAUCUGCAGAAGAUCACAAAAGUAAAGGUUGCACCCAGUAGAUGGGAUGCAGAUAAUCUACACAGACAUCCGGACUAUGCGCCCAUCAAGAAGGAGAGUAUAGCGGGUAAUGAGGCGGUGCAGCAGGAGAAGGCGACGGCGGUCGCGAGACAAUCGAGCGUGCAGUCAGGCGUGUCGUAUGGAUCCGCUGAAUUCGAGGAUGACUUCGGUGGUAGCGGUUUGGAUGAUGUGGACUUCACUCAUCCCGAUGAGGUACGGCUGGAUGAUACGACCAUGCAAGCUCCCGAGACACCUGCACAGAGAGCUAUCAAUGGUCCGCAACAGGCACAGCGGCAGGGUGUACCGAGAAUGCAUUCGAUGCCACAAUUACGGCCACCAAAUGUGCAAUCACCCCAGCGUGCGCAGGGACCACCAGCACCGCAGAGGCCACCAGGAGUGCAGAAUGUUCCACAGCAGCAGCAGCAAGUCCCCAAUCGCAUGCCGCCACCAUUACAGGCAGCUCAACAACGAGCUAUGCAGCAGCAGCAGCAGCAUCAAGCAAAUAUGAUGCAGAAACCACAGCAACAGCAACACUCGCACUCCGAAGCGCCUCGUACAAACUCCAACCCGUCCUCAGCAACAACAGUAGCCGACUCACCCUCCAACAUCCCACCAAACGAAACAGUCCCAUCCAUAACCGGCCAAGACCUCGACGACCGCGGCCUCCCCAUCCCCCGACAACCACCCCCGGACAUCCCUGCAGGAUUUGUAACAGGCCGUAGUGUGGACCUCCUCAACAGACCUCCAGACACCCGUCCCACCGACGCCAUCCGCGCCUUUGACCCCCACGCCGAGAGCCCGAGUAUCCGACGCACGCACGGUGUGAAUCCGGGGAAGAGUGCGCCGGUGACGAGGACGGCCUUGUCCACUACCGGGGCGACAGGAGGAGGAGGAGGAGGAGGACUACCACCCGGCGCCCAACGAGCGCCUAUACAAGCGCAUGCCGGCGCUACGACAUCAGCAAACCGCAGCGGAACCGACUUUGUCAACCCUUCCUUAGACAUAAGUAGACGCAUCGGCGCCCCACAGCAAGCAGGCGGGCUUUCGAAUCGAGGAGCUUAUCGGCCUCCGUCGGCUGUGGUGCCGGUUAAGAGGCCGCCGUUGGCUGAUGUGAGUAAUUUGCCUGCUCAGAUGGAUGGGCCGGGGGAUGCGAAGAAAGUGAAGUUGGGAGGGGAGGUGGGCCCGGGUGCUGGUACCGAGACCGUCGUUCCCGAGGGGCAGCAGAAUGCCGUGGGUGAGUCUGGUGCUGCUGCGUGA